GCUCCGACUUCUUCAGUCCAUCUCUCUUCCAGUCGUUCCGCGGAGGUGGAGAUUUCCCAAUCCCACCCAGUCAGACGCAGGCAGGAGGAUCUGGGAAGACUAUCCCAGGAAAAGGCACUCGGGAGGGAAUUUUCAGCAGCAGCAACGGCUGCGGCGGCAGCAGAGCAUGAGCGGGAGCCCGAGCGGUGAAGAAGUGAGAGGCAUCUCCCUGAGAUACUGACACUCCCUCCUCAUCUGAUAGAGUUUGCUUUUUUGGGACUUGAGGAUGGAGGCCUCGUGCCUAAGAGUUUCCUUGCUGCUGCUGCUUCCAGGAUUUGCCCUCGGUGACAGCUCUGACAGAUACACUGCCAACCGGAGUGACCUGGGGAGCCACCUGUCCACGUUCUCAGGGAUGGAAGCCAGCAUACUGCUCACCACCAGACAGCCCCUGGUGUCCAACCAGACUGUCAAAUGCUCCCAGCAGACUAAGAUUGCAGAAACCUUUAAGUACAUUAACACGGUGGUGUCUUGUGCUAUUUUCAUUGUCGGAAUGGUUGGGAAUGCAACUCUGCUGAGGAUCAUUUACCAGAACAAGUGCAUGAGGAAUGGCCCCAACGCACUGAUAGCCAGUCUGGCACUGGGAGACCUUAUCUACAUUGUCAUUGACAUUCCUAUCAUGGUCUACAAGCUCCUUGCUCAGAAGUGGCCUUUUGGAAAUUCUGAAUUUGGACAGUUUCUUUGCAAAUUCCUUCCCUUUAUACAGAAGGCAUCAGUGGGGAUCACAGUCCUUAAUCUCUGUGCCCUUAGUGUGGACAGGUACAGAGCAGUUGCCUCCUGGAGCCGCGUGCAGGGAAUUGGAAUCCCUAUGAUCACUGCCAUUGAAAUCUUCUCCAUUUGGCUCCUGUCCUUCAUCCUGGCUAUUCCUGAAGCAAUUGGCUUUGCUGUGGUACGCUUCAGGUACAAAGAUGAAGAUUAUGUCACCUGCAUGCUCAAUCCUACAAAUGACUUUAUGUUGUUUUACAAGGAUGCAAAAGACUGGUGGCUGUUUGGUUUCUACUUCUGCAUGCCUCUGGCCUGCACUGCCAUCUUUUACACGCUAAUGACCUGCGAAAUGUUGAACAGAAGAAACAGCAACCUGAGAAUUGCUCUCAGUGAACACCUUAAGCAGCGCCGAGAAGUUGCAAAGACAGUUUUCUGCUUAGUGGUGAUCUUUGCUCUCUGCUGGUUCCCUCUCCACCUCAGCCGGAUACUGAAGAAAAUGGUUUACAACGAAAGAGACCCUGGCAGAUGUGAGCUGCUCAGUUUCCUGCUGCCACUGGAUUAUAUCAGCAUCAACCUGGCCACCAUGAACUCUUGCAUAAACCCAAUAGCUCUGUAUUUUGUGAGCAAGAAGUUUAAAAAUUGUUUCCAGUCCUGCCUUUGCUGCUGCUGCUCCCAGUCUAAAAGUCUGGUGACCUCAGUGCCCAUGAACGGAACGAGCAUUCAGUGGAAAAAUCAAGAACUAAACAAUCACAACACAGAUCGAAGCAGCCACAAAGACAGCAUAAACUGAAAGCUGAGGGCUCUGGUAGCACUUCAGAAUCCCAGAAGAAAGGAAAAGUCACAUCCAAGCUGUUUCAGCAGGAAGCCCAGUGACUGUGCCAUAAUCAGUUCAGACAUGUGCAGCCUUGUACCUAAUUCUAGAGGUGGCUGAGCAGAUUGACUGAUUGCAACUGCGAUGUUCUGUGAACUGAGAUGCACUGGAUGGUAACUCUGCCUCUGACAGUGACAUGGGUGGGAUCAGGACACCAAAGAACUGACUCGAACUGCACAGGUGGUUUGCUCUCUGAACCAAGCAGCAACUGCCCCGUGUCUGUGACUGGUACAAUGUAACCAUAUUUCCUGAUUAACACCUAAAAUUAAUGGCUCCGGAGUCUCUCAGAAGAUAUCAACAUGGAAUCUGUCUGUGACUGCAUUUUCUCUCUGCCUGUUUGUCCUUUAACUGUCACUGGUGCAGUGGAUAUGGACCACACAGCACCAGUAUGUUUUGCAUGUUGUUGUUUUUACAGGUUUUACCUUGGAAAAUAUUUUGGUCCACACCAGUUAUUUUAUUUCCUUACGCUACAGUGGGUCAGGACAUUAACUUGGGCAGUUCACUUUUGUAGCACUUCAGUACUCAAAAAUAGGAGGAGACCAUUUAAAGUAGCAUCAACAUUGGCACUUAAACACAGAUUAAUACCAAGGAGGGGGGGGAAAAGAGGUGUUAAUAAUACAGUACUAUACUGUGUUAUUUAUUCUAAUGCUUUGUACAAAAUAAGCAUAAUAAACAUAUUCUAUAUCAGCAAAAAAA